AGUAACAAGGAGAAAAGGAGAGAAUAUUCGUCGGAUAUUUGGGACGGUACGACAAUGUACACAUCGAAGAGAGAAGAGGAGGUCAAGAAAAGGCUCCAUCCAACCAAGUUGGACCGCAGGCAAGGCAAGCAGAGCAGGAGGGACGGCGCCGCCGUCACCUCAAAUUCUCAUUCGCUCUCGCCUUCAAAUUUGGGCCUUCCCCUCUCCUCUAUUUUUAUCUCUUCUCCCCCAGAUUGCUGCUCUAUAUCUCUCUGCCUGGACCCGCCACGGAUUCCCCAACAAAUUUCCUCUCCUUGCCCUGGAGCAAGGAAAGCAGGCAACAGCCCUUGCAGCUGCUGCCGUCCACAGGGCUCGGCUGUCAAAUUUUCUUUUGGCAGCCAGCCCGUCUCCAAUUUUCCCCAGCCAGGAGAUCGACGAGGGCAGUGAAGGACACAUACCACACAUUAGCUCCUUCUCCUUGGCAGAUUCUGGUUGUUGAGAGGUAGGCAGGAUGGCUUCCUUCUCCGGCCCCCUCCACCGCCCCUUCUCCGCCAUGGCGGUCGCUGCCUUCGCCGCAGUCUCCUCCAUCGAGCUGCCUGACAAGUUGUCCCAAUACAAGCUCGCUGACAAUGCGGACGCCAUCGUGUCGCUUCCGGACAGCAAGCCGGAAGCUUCAGCACCUUCGGCAUCAGCACUUUCUGGUCUGCAGUUCUUGCCGAGAAAUCACCAGGGUUAUGAUUUGGCUAAGGCGCCCGUUGCAUCUUUGCCGGUAAUCCAGACGGUUUACCAAUACGCAAAGUUUGCCAAGACCUCUGGACAAGAAGAGGCAAUGGCUUUGACCCCUUCGACGUCCUCGUCAGAUGGUCUCUAUCGCUGGCAUCUGCCUGAUCCCAGGGCCUGUGGCGACUCGUCCAACAAGUCUCAGACGGUGGUGGUUCUACUUGGUUGGUUGGGCUCGAAGCAGAAGCACCUGAAGAGAUAUGCCGAUUGGUACACCUCCAGGGGGUUCCAUGCUGUGACCUUCACUCUGCCCAUGUCUGACAUUAUCAGUUAUAAUGCUGGAGGGAAGGCUGAGAAGAAUGUGGAGAUGCUCUCGGAACAUCUUGCUGCUUGGGUCAGCGAGGAGAGUGGGAAAAAGAUUGUUUUCCACACCUUCAGUAACACCGGCUGGCUUUGCUAUGGUGUAAUACUAGAGAACUUGCGGAAGCAGGAUCCUGAAGCAAUUGAGAAAAUUAAGGGAUGCGUAGUCGAUUCAGCGCCUGUUGCUGUCCCUGAUUCUCAGGUUUGGGCAUUAGGGUUCUCGGCUGCUAUCAUGAAAAAACACAGCGUAGCAACUAAAGGAGCAGUAUCAAAUGAUACAAGAUCUGACGUCGUAGUUGUGGACUCUCACAGAGAUAUUAAGCCAGCAGCUACCGAGGCUGUUCUACUAUCUGCGUUGGAGAAGGUUUUUGAUGUUAUUCUGAAUUAUCCAGCCAUUAAUAGGAGGCUAUCUGGUGUUAUGGAGCUUUUGUCCUCGAAGCAACCAAACUGCCCCCAGCUGUACAUAUACAGCUCCGCAGAUCGUGUCAUCCCGGCAAAGUCAGUGGAGUCAUUCGUGGAGAGACAACGAAGAGCGGGGUGUGAAGUGAGGUCUUGCGACUUCGUCUCGUCGCCCCAUGUGGACCAUUACCGGAGCAAUCCGGGUCUCUACACCUCUCAGCUGACCAACUUCUUGGAGGACUGUGUGCUUCACCAUCGCGAGGACUCUUCGCCGUCAUCAUCGCCUGCAUAGGAUGUUCUUUGCAGGAGAAGACAAACAUAUUUGUCCCUGGUGAUCCAUUGAAAUGUACCAGGAUCGUAUGAGGAUUAAUUAUACAUCUGACCUAUUUCCUUUUUUACUCUGGUCGGGUAACUUUUAGGAGGCACAACUGUAAAAAAAUGAAGCAAGUUUGUGGCUUACUAACUGACAAUUCACCAUGCACCAACCAUUCGUUUGUCUGGAUGAGAAAUCUGUUUAUUUCUUUGCACA